GGUGCAAUCAACAUACAAUUAUCGAUGACGAAAUUUUCUGUUGUCAUUCAUUGAUUCAUUAUCGCGGAACUCCGUUUUCCAUUACGCAAACAUGGAGCCUCCAUCGAAGAAGGCGCGCAAGCUGCUCGACGACGACAGCGACUCCGGCGACGAGUCCGGCGGAGUUCCCAUUGGCAAGCAGUCGGAUGUAGACUCCUUCAAGAUCAAUGAGGAGUAUGCGCGUCGCUUUGAGCAUAACAAGAAAAGAGAGGAAAUACAGAAGUUGGAAUCAAAAUUCGGCAAAACCUCUUCCCUUGGAAAACGUGGCGAUCGUGAUGAAGAUGGUGGAUCUUCAGAGGAGUCAUCAGACGACGAAGAUGAAGACGACAACGCAGAACUCGCUACCGAAGCACUUGAUGCCGAAAUCAACGCAACCCUGAACGCGAUUCGGUCCAAAGACCCUCGAGUGUACGAUUCAAACGUCACUUUCUAUUCGCAAAAUGAUGAUGCCCAGCCGGACACCUCGAAGAAGCAGGAAAAGCCUAUGACACUGCGCGAUUACCACCGGGAGAACUACCUGAGUGGUGCGGCCCUAGCAGAGGAUAACGAUGCACCUCAACCGCCCAAGACCUACGCUCAAGAACAAGAGGAAUUGAAAAAUGCGGUAGUCAAGGAAAUGCAUGCCGCAGCAGAUGGUGAGGAGGCGUCGGCUGACGAGGAGGAUGGCGAUGAAGAUAACUUCCUUAUUCGCAAGUCUGCUCCCGAGCCUGCACCAAAGUCGGAGGUCAAGCUGGAUUUGGAGAAUGCGGACAGGGAUCCUGAGAACUUCCUGUCGAAUUUCAUGUCAUCCAGGGCAUGGAUCCCCAACAACAGGGAGCUUCACCCAUUCGAGUCUGAGGAUGAAGAAGAGGAAGAACGCGCAGAAGUAUUUGAAGAAGCGUACAACUUCCGUUUCGAGGAUCCGAACAAGGCCAACGAGAGGAUCGCUACCCAUGCUCGUGAUGCUACGAACCAGCAGUCUGUUCGCAGAGAAGAAAAGAGCGGCCGUAAGAAACUCAGAGAAGCAGAGCGCUUAAGAAAGGAAGAGGAGAAGAAGCAGCGCGAAACCGAGAAGAACCGUCUCCGCAAGCUCAAGGUCGACCAGCUCCAAGAGAAGGUCAACCAGAUCAAGGAAGUCGCUGGUCUCCGCGCCUCUCGAUUCACGGAUGACGAUUGGGCUCAGUUCCUGGACGACGCCUGGGAUGGCAAGAACUGGGAACAAGAGAUGCAGAGGCGCUUUGGUGAAGACUACUACGCCGAAGAAGAAGGAGCCGGGAGCGACGACGAGAGCGGAGACAAGAAGAAAAAGCCCAAGAAGCCCACAUGGGAUGACGAUAUCGACAUCACAGACAUCGUUCCCGAAUUCAAUGCGGAAAACCCGAAACCCAGCAUGGAACAAUCCAACGCUGAGAUGGUCGACGCCGACGACGCCGACGACGCCGCUGAUGGCGAGGGAUCAUCAAGCAAGAAGAGCAAAGCCCAAGAGAAGCGUGACCAAAAGCGCGAAGCUCGUAAAGACCGAAUGCGUAUUGAAGAGGCCGCAGACCGCAACCUUGACCUGGAUAUCAACCUGCUCCCCGGUGCGACCAAGAAGAAUGCAACCCGCUUCCGCUACCGUGAAACAUCGCCGCAAAGCUUUGGUCUUAGCGCACGAGAUAUUCUCAUGGCGGACGAUAAUAAUCUCAACAAGUUUGCCGGUUUGAAGAAGCUGGCAUCGUUCCGCGAGGAAGAGAAGAAGCAGAAAGACCGCAAGAAGCUGGGCAAGAAGGCCCGGGUGAGGCAAUGGCGGAAGGAUACCUUUGGUAACGAGGAGGGUCCGGAGUUUACAUUUGGCGGAGAGAAGGAUGCACCCAAGGAAGAGCAAGAGGGCGGUGAUGUGGAUAUUCGUGAGGGUGGCAGGAAGAAGAAGAGAAGAAGGACCAAGAACUGAUUUGUCGUGUUUUGUAUAUUUAUACCUCUGAUCGUUCAUAAAUUAAAGCCUGAUGUACUUUUUCAACUAUAUACGAACCGGUUCAAUCUGUCCUAUAGCUGUACUGUUCUACAAAACGUUCCAUUCCGGAUUGACAAUACCUUGCCCUUAUUUUUACGGCUGAAAACUUGGCACGCGCCGUUGAAAGCCUUGCUAUCCGUGCGCUGCUAGAAUCCGGGGCAGAUCUUCGGAAAC